GGGAGGGGACAGGAGGCGACCCAAGGCGCGGGGAGCCGGCGGCUGGCCUGGGUCAGGCCUCAGAGGCCGCUGGAGCCCCGUGUGUCGCAGGCCACCGGGCAACCACUGGGGUACACGCUGCGCGCUGCGAGGGGUCCACCGCAGAUCCCAGGCCCCAAACUUCAAGUCGGAAGGGGUGAGACGCUGGGCAUAAAGACAGGUGGCAACCUGUCUGGACGCUGCUCUCCUCCCUGAGGACCGCCACCUCCACCCUACUGAAUCUCAGCCCUUACUCCGGCCACUAUAUUGCCUUUGGCCCGUGAUGAAGCGGGGAGGCGGUGGUCCCACGGCGGCCCCAGAGGCCGAGCUGGGCGACGUGCCCCUGGUACUGCCGCGGCCCAGGGCCUGUCCCGCUGACGUGCGGCUCUGCGGCCACCUUCGGAAGCAGAAGUCCCAGCGCCGCCGCUUCUUCGUGCUGCGCGCGGAUCCGCCGAGCCUAGAGUGCUACGAGAGCGAGAAGAAGUUCCGCGCCGGCCGAGCGCCGCCCAAGCUCAUCGUGAGCCUGGCGGGCGCGUGCACCAUCAGCACGCGCGUGGACGCGCGCCAGCGCCACCUGAUCCUCCUGUACACGCGUGACCGCAGCCUGGGCGUGGCGGCGGCCUGCGAGGCGGAGCAGCAGGCGUGGUACAGCGCCCUGCUUGAGGUGCGCGCGGCCGCGGGUGAGGCCCGACCCCUUGGUCCCAGCUUUCACGAGGACCCCAGGGCCUGGAUCCUUGCUCCAUUUCAGGACGUCUGGCCCGUGACGCUGCGGCCCAAGGGACUGGGGAGGACACGAGGCCUGGGCAGCGGCCGCUAUCGCCUGUGCCUGGGUUCGGGGGUGCUGAGCCUGCUGCGGAAGCCCAAGGGCAGAGGUUCUCGGGACACCCAGGCUUCGCCGCCGCCGGCCCUGCGCCUGUCGCUGCUCAGCGUGCGCCGCUGCGGCCACGCAGACUCCCUCUUCUUCCUGGAACUCGGCCGCUCGGCGCCCACGGGCCCCGGGGAGCUGUGGCUACAGGCGCCGGAUGCCGUGGUGGCCCAAAGCAUUCACGAGACCGUACUGGCCGCCAUGAAGCGACUCGGGGAUGAUGAUGCCGGUGGCAGGACUGAGCCACUGCCAAGGGAUCCCCCAACGAGCUCUUACAGACCCUCUGUCUCCCAACCUUAUGUGACCCUGGCCUCGGCAGCCCAAUCAAGCAGCCUGAGCCAUCGCGGGAGCGUGGGUGAGAGGAAGGAGAAAGCAACCCCUGAGACCCUGGCGGCGCUGGCGACUGCAGCUUCGCACCCUGGGGAAUUGGAGCAGGGCGGGGGCUACGUAGCCAUGGGAGCUGGGAGCAACUACGAGCCCAUGGGGGGUGGCCAAGCAGGUGGUUACAUGGUGAUGGCACCCCCGGGCCUUGCAGCGUUUGCCCACGCCCCUCCCCAGGAGCAGCUCCAGGGGUGCGGGGACACUGAAUACGUGCCCAUGAGCCACUUUCUGCCAGGGUCCUUUUCCUUGAGCUCCCUGCCCCAUUCCUAUACGCCCAGGCCCAGGAGGCCGGGACCUUCUUUCCAAGGCCCCCCUCCCGCCGUCGGGGAAUGUUGGGGACCGACAGGGGCUCAUCCCUGCUUGCAACCACCUUCGGAGCUAGCAGGAGAUUAUGUGUGCAUCAGGUACGUGGCCCCACACCACUUAGGAAUGAGCACUGCCAUACAAGACCCGGCCAAAAACCGCCUCAACUAUGUAGACCUGGACCUGGUCCCUCCAUUGGAGGCUCAAGGCGACACCCCGGGGUCCAGCAUUCACCACCCACACAGCUAUGCCCGCAUCGACUUCCAGAACCUCAGGGAGGUUCGGGUCAGGAGACACAGGCAGCCCCCUCCAGUCUAGCUGACGGAUGGAUGGGGAGGAGGAGAGAGAAAACAGGACAAAUGCCUUCCUGCCAGCUCCCCUCAAUUCCUCCCCUCACCCUUCCAAACCUGGAGAGGCUCUUAGGCACCGCCCCCCCCCCCCCCCAGGACCUGUGACUUGCAGAGCUCUGAGCUGCCCUUAGGCCUAUUGCCCACUCUGCUCCUUCCAGAUGUGGUGCCUGGGGAAUCUUCAGGAAAAGGUUCCCCAAGAAGCUGGAUUCUUUUAACGGAGAAAAUUCUAGAGCCACCCUCCCCUCUUCCUGCCCACAAACCCCCAGCAAAGCCCUGAUCCUUUCUCUCCUGGCAGAGUUCCUGAAGCAUCACUCCAGAUUCCCAGGCUGGCUGACUUCUCUCACAUGGACCUGUUCCUCCCUACCUGCCUUGUGUCUCCUCCCAGCCAAAGAACUAAUCCCCAGCCCCAGGGCUGAACUCCUAGGACCCCAAAGCAAGAGGGCUGAAAGCACCAGGUACCUUCCCUCUACUGCUUCCCAAAAGUGCUGUGCCACCCCUUUACUCCCUGAUUUCCCUCUCUCAGCACCAGCCAUGUGUUCACACAAUCCUCCCUUCUAU